GUGGUUCAUUUUGUUAUUAUCACUACUUAAAAACAAAAUAAAACAUCUUACAAAUUAAAAUAGAAUCUUGGGGGAACACCCUGUUUUUAUUUAAUAUACUUAUAAGGUACCUAGUAAAUGAAAACUUGAAAUGUUGCAUGAGUAUAUAUAAAUGAGACUAAAUUCAAGAAGCAUUUAUCCCAUCGCAUUGUAUUGUAUUGGUGCCCUUUUUAUUCAUUUUCUUCAUUGCAAUUACUACUAGUACUAUUGUUGUACUGAUACUUGUGUCACCACUAGCAGCAGCUGUUCUUCUUGGUUGGUAUUUGUCAUUAGUUUUGGUCUGCCUCUUUCUCUGGACCCCAUAAUUUUCCCAACCGUCAGUAAUAACUCACUACAGUAAUUAUUUCACUCUUCUCUCUUCUUCAACAACUUCUUCCUUACCUCCUAAUUUUUUCUUCUUUUAUUUUUUAUUUUUAAUGAUUUUACUCCUUGGCCCGCCUCCUCAUCUAAGGCCCCAGUUUGUGUGUGUACAUUUGUGGAAACAAGAAAGAAAAAAAAACUUUCAUUUGUCAACAGAGACAUAACCACUAUUGUACUACCAAGUCUGCAACUAUCAAUAUUAUUAGUCUGUGUGGUGUCCUUUGGUGUUCGCCCAUUUGCAAGUUCUGAACUAUUUAUUACUAAGUUCAUUGUAUUUUCCUUCCAAGAUUCUUAGUUGGUAAUUGGAGAAACUCUUUUAUACGUAGAAACAGAGGAAGAAGUGGGCUGGUUUUGGUGGUGAGCUUGAUAAAACUGUUGCUAAAAGUUUAUAAAAGGGAAAAAUGCCAGGGGUUGGUUCUGGUGGAACUGCUUCAGGGCCAUCUUUGCCACCACCCUGCCCAAAACCGCCACCUCAGUAUCCAGAUUUGUAUGGAAAGCGUCGAGAAUUGGCCAAAGUUCAGAUGCUUGAAAGAGAAAUUGGUUUUCUUGAGAAAGAACUGAAAUCCAUUGAAGGCCUUCAUCCCGCUUCUCGGCCCUGUAAAGAGGUGACAGAAUUUGUAUCGGAACAUUCAGAUCCUCUUAUACCAACUGGCUUGUCAUGUUUCAAUCUGUCAUGGAUUUGUUGCUGGUGCCGAUGUCCUGGCAUAAAGAUGCCAGACUGCUGUAACUGCUGCCCAUCUUUCAGUUGCUCAAUACCUAAGUGUCAAUGUUUCUCCUGUCAACUGUCUAAAUGCUGCAGCAAGCCUGUCUGCAAAUGGAGUUGCUGCAGCUUAAAAUGUCCGUCCUGCUUUAGCUGCUCCUCUUGUAGCCCAUGUACAUGUACAUGUUCUUAUCCUAGAUAUCCAAAGUUAAAUUGUGGUUCCUGUUGUAAAAAGUGCUGCUGCUUCUGCCCUUGCUACUUUUGUUAGUAGUCAUUAUAUUAAAUGAUGCAAUAAUUCCUAUAUGAAACUGCUUCUAUACAAUUGUGAAUAUUUUUGUCUGAAUAGCAUUUGGACUUACUUUGUUUCCUACUUUA